AUGGAUUACAUGAAGCAAGAACGAGAACGUGGCAUUACAAUCACAUCAGCAGCAAUAACAUUUGGCUGGGAAAAUCAUCGUAUUAAUUUGAUAGAUACACCAGGUCACGUUGAUUUCACUAUAGAAGUAGAACGCAGUAUACGAGUACUUGAUGGAGCUGUAACAAUAUUGGAUGCAGUGUCAGGUGUUGAAGCUCAAACACAAACAGUUUGGUCUCAAGCUGAUCGAUAUGAUAUACCUAGAAUAGCUUAUGUCAAUAAAAUGGAUAGAUUGGGAGCUAGGUUUGGCAGAACUGUAUAUGAAAUGUAUAGCAAAUUGCAAACUAGACCAUUAGUGUGUCAAUUGCCAGUAUUGAGAAAGGAUGAUUAUGGAAAUAUAGUAUUUUCAGGUGUUGUUGAUUUGUUGGAAUUGGAGGUAAUUGAUUGGGAUAAAAAUCCAAAUGGUACAACUAUAACUAGAACUCCAUUAACUGAAAGUUAUCCUCAAAUUCCAAAUCUAUACAGUGAAGCAAUUAAGGCUAGAUCUAUUCUGGUUGAAACUUUAUCUGAGAGUGAUGAUUAUUUGUUGGAAAAGUUUCUAGAGACUGAAAACUCCUUACAGGUUUCUGCAAAGGAUAUUCGUGAAGCAAUACGCAAAGCUACAAUCACCUGUAAAGUUGUUCCAGUUUUUUGUGGUGCAUCAUUUCGUAAUAUUGGAUUAAAAGAUGUUCCAACAAAAUCAAAACAUGCAUAUAACAGCUCUAAACGUGAUUCAUUUGAAGUCAAAUCAAAUAAAAAACUACAAAUAUCAUCAAAAAUCACAAUUCUAUAUGGAUCAUCUAGAUCUGAUUCGUCAAUGAUUUCUUUUGCAAAAAUACAUGUAAUGAUGCUAGGAAAUAUUCAUAGAUAUAAGCCAUUAGAUUCAAUUACCUUCAAUAUUUUGAAGAUUAAGAGAAAAACUAAUGGAAAUAUUCCUACAAGUUUAAAUCAAAUGUUAGAAAAUAUGUUAAAAAAAAAUCCAAACCAUAUUCUUUGGACUUUUGCCAUUUUUUCCGAAUUACAUAGUCAACAUCCCUAUGAUGUUCACCGAGUUCGAAAUCUAUUUGAUAAAGCACUUGAAUGUCCAAAAACAAAAAAUUCAAUAUCGUUAUGGGCUUUGUAUAUUAAUUAUGAAAUUAAACAUGAACAAUAUAGUAAAGCCAAGAUUCUGUAUUACAAUGCAAUAAGAGAAUGUCCAUGGUCAAAAGAUUUGUAUAUGAUAGCAUUUCGAAAACUACGUUCUCAAUUUUCAACUGAAGAAUUAGAUGAGGUGAUGAAUGUAAUGUUAGAAAAAGAGAUCCGUUUAAGAGUUUCAAUGGAAAAAUUUACCGAAGAAAAGGAACAAGAAGAAACAAUGACCAAUAUAGUCCAAUGA